AUCAGUUGCUACGUUACGAAGAACGCUUGUUUAGCCACUCAUUACUGUCACAUUCAUGCAAAACAAUUUCGCUAGCUAGCUAGGCUAGCUGUGGAUUUGACCCUGCCAGAAAGUCAUUGACCUUUGGUUUGAAGUGCACUUUUCACUAUUAAAGUUCUAAUGCGGAUCGAGCCAUAGGGAGUCGUUCGCUUAAGUACAAAAGCUAUGCCUCAUCUGAAGAAACCCCGAAAACAGGAGCCGCUUUCUAAAAUAUGGGACAGAAAAGCACAGAAAAGUGGACUGCGUCAUACAGUGUUCUCUGUAAACGGAGAUCAAUACACAGGGGUAUGGCUAGACAACAAGAAGCAUGGCAAAGGGACUCAAAUUUGGAAGACAGGUGGUGCCAUUUAUGAUGGAGACUGGAAAUGUGGCAAGCGUGAAGGAUAUGGCACUUACAGCAGGCUAUGCCCCAAAACGAACGAAUAUACAAGGGAAUACUCAGGUGGAUGGAAAAAUGACAAGAAACAUGGGUUUGGAACACAUUUUUACAGCCACUCUGCCUCCUACGAGGGUGAGUGGAGCGACGGCCAGAGAAGUGGCUGGGGCAGGAUGUAUUAUGCCAAUGGCGACAUAUACGAGGGAGAAUGGCUGAAGGAUCAACAUCACGGACAGGGCAUGCUUCGUCUCACCAAUGAAAACAGGUACGAAGGGACCUGGAAGGAUGGGAGGAAGAGUGGACAUGGGAAGUUCUUCUAUCUUGACAAGGGGCAGCUGUAUGACGGCUUCUGGGUGGAUGGUGUGGCCAAAUGCGGAGCUGUGUCCGAUUUCGGAAGAGAAGAAUCCCCAAUGCCCACUCUGUAUCCCAUUCCAAAGGUCCAUCUAAUGAACGAGGCAUCAGUUUUGAUGGAAUCUAUAUCAAAAUACCAGGAGGAGUAAGACACAUAAAGAUCACGAGGUGGACCACAAUACAGAAGGCAUCUUCGCUGCAAAACACCAAACUGCAAAGUCGCAUCAUGUUAGCAUAUUUGCAUGCGAGUGCCCUGUCAUGAGCUGUAUGCAACUGUACACCAUGAAACAAAUGAAGCAUGCACGAAAGGAGUCAUGUGGUGGGUCAUGUGUGUUCUGGGUCGCUCGGCUGCAAUCAAGUAGUAAAUUCUGUAUCAUCACAUUACCACAGUAGAGGACAGUACGGCUCUUCAAACAAGUCUAUGUUAAGCAUUAGAAAGAAAAACAGAGAUUGCAAAGUAUUUCAUUUAUUUCACCUUAAGUUCAGUGCAAACCUUUCAUAAUCCAUAUGGUCCAAAAUAUAUUUGUAUUGCCAGUU